UGGGCUGCUUCCCAUUCGACAGACAAAGGCUUGUUGUAUAACUGAAUGAGCGCUUUACAGUCGCCCUGUGUAAAUGCGUAUUACGCUAGGAGUUGUUAUGUUCAUUAAGACAUUCCUUUGCGGAUUGAGGCAAUGGGAGAGGGCUUUGUAUAAUGACGUCUAUGCUUUUUCACGUGAAAUGCUCCUUUAAAAGAAGGCUUCGUGGGAGCGCGCCAGCACAUCAGGAGCGAGUACUCUGGAUUCUGCACAACUUAAAUUACAUUUAAAAUGGUGACGUCGUAUCCAUUACCGGAAGGAUUCUCCGAUUUUGACGUGUUCUCCCUUGGAUCCUGUCUGCUCGUGGAGGGUCUCCUCGGUUUCUUCCUGAAUGCUGUCACCGUUGUUGCAUUUCUUAAAAUAAGAGAAUUACGGACCCCAAGUAAUUUUCUCGUGUUCAGUCUGGCAUUGGCUGAUAUGGGGAUUUCUAUGAACGCCACCAUUGCAGCAUUCUCCAGCUUUCUAAGAUAUUGGCCUUAUGGAUCAGAGGGAUGCCAGACCCAUGGCUUCCAGGGCUUUGUGACUGCUCUUGCCAGCAUCCACUUCAUUGCAGCCAUUGCCUGGGAUAGAUACCACCAGUACUGUACAAGGACAAAGUUGCAGUGGAGCAGUGCUUUCAGUCUAGUCAUCUUCAUUUGGCUCUUCACUGCUUUCUGGUCUGCUAUGCCUCUUAUUGGCUGGGGAGAAUAUGAUUAUGAGCCCCUGCGAACCUGCUGCACACUGGACUACAGCAAGGGUGACAGGAACUAUGUAUCUUACCUGAUCCCCAUGUCCAUCUUCAACAUGGGCAUUCAAGUCUUUGUUGUGAUGUCUUCCUACCAGUACAUUGAUAAGAAAUUCAAGAAGGCUGGCCAGGCCAAGUUCAACUGCAGCACUCCUUUGAAGACUAUGCUUUUUUGCUGGGGUCCCUAUGGUGUCCUGGCCUUCUAUGCUGCUGUUGCAAAUGCUACCGUUGUCUCUCCUAAACUAAGAAUGAUUGCUCCCAUUUUGGCAAAGACAUCACCUACGUUUAAUGUCUUUGUUUACGCUCUUGGAAAUGAGAACUACAGAGGAGGAAUCUGGCAGUUACUCACUGGUCAAAAGAUUGAUACUCCUGCUAUUGAGAACAAGACCAAAUAAACUAAUCACAUAAAAAAUUCAAGUAAUGUCCUGAUAGGUUCUUGCAGGUAUGACAUGUUCAUUGGCUGUGUCUGUUUUUUGCUGUAUAUUUGUGUGACACAGAAAUGCUGGGCAUUUGUGGUACAGUAAUUAUACUGGGUCCAAUAUAUUUAUGUCCAUUAUUUAAUAAGGGUUAAAGGGAUAGUUCAUCCAAAAAUGAAAACUUGGACCCCAAAUGGACCCCAUUCACUUCCAAAGUAUAGGAAAAAAGAAUACUAUGAAGUAACCGGAGUCCCAGAUGGUUUGGGUACAAACAUUUCGCAAAAUAUCUUCCUUUGUGUUCAUCAGAACAAAGACAUUUAUGAGCGAGUAAAUGAUGACAGAAUUUUCAUUUUUGGGUGAACUAUCCCUUUAAACUACUUUCAUAUGUAUGCUGUAUUCUGAAGUCAUCAUCAUAUAUACAUCAUAACCUAUUUUAUACUUUUUAAAAUGUGACAGCCACAAAUAAAGCUAAAAUAACUAAACACACACAUACAGUAGAAAAGGUGUAUGUCGUUUUUUUUUUUAGGCUGAAUUAGGUAUAUAUCUAAUCCCAUUAAUAAUGGUGCAUUUUAUAAAAACACAUUACUCUGUGCAAAAGAUUUGUUUAAGAGUAAAAUAUGCAUGAGACGCACUGCAAAUUUCAGCAAUCUUGUUUUUCUCCUACUUAAUCUCCACAUUUCAACACUUGAAUCAUUUUGAUACCCGAGAUGUCUGAACAAAAAAGUCACAUCAAUCAUUUAUUAUGCAGAAACGUAACCUUGAUGCAUUUACUAUAAAUUACAUAACACAGUCAAAGGCUAAAUAUAACUGCUAGCCACAGUAGGUUGACCAAAUGUUAUUACAUGAAUGUGUUCAUAAAAAAAUACACCUUCUAUAUUACUACUGCAAAAACAAAAGCACAUAACAAUAUGGUCAUCCUUGCUUUUAUGUGCUCAAGUUGUGAGACAUCUAUAUUUGUGAUGUACUGUUUAUGUCCUAACUCCAAACACUGUAAUAUUGUGUAAAGGUCUGUUAAUUCAACAAUUAAGUUGUGUAUAAAAGACAAUUAUAUGUACCUAAUGUAUUUUGUGACGAAGAAAUGGAAUAGAUUUGUAAUGUUUAAGUACAA